AGUUGCUAAAAUCAGUCCUCGUCCAGUUGGGUCAAGCGAGAAGCAGAACUAUAGUUCGGUUUACUGCCUCUUUCCUCACAUUUUCCUUUCAUUCUCUCGAAUCUUCGCUUGUGUCCAAUAACUGCCCACUUUCCUUUCUCCUGAAAGCAAGUCUGACUUCAUACUUGAGAUUCAGAGACCAUGUCUACAGAACUCUUCUCAUCCACAAAAGAGGAGGGAAGGUCUUGCUCAGGACCCAGUUUUAGGUCCAAUCAGAGGAAGAUGUUACACCUGCUCUUGGAGAGAGAGACUUCCUUUACCAUCUGUCCAGGUCUCCCUAGAUCUCCAAUGGACAAUUUUCUUGGUGAUUCUGCAAAUCUAAGCAUUUUGUCUGGAGGAACUCCAAAACGUUGCCUUGAUCUUAUGAAUUUUAGCAGUGGGGAGAUGUCUGCCACUCAGCUUACCACUUCUGCAGACGUUGAUGAAACUGGUCACUUGGAUUCUUCAGGACCUCAGGAAGUACAGUUAGCUGGGAUGAAUCAUCACCAGUAUGCUAUGAAAGGUAGCCCAGCACAGCUUCUUUGUAGCACUCCUACUGCUUUGGACCAUGACCACAAAAAGAGAGAUAUGAUAUGUAGUUUAUCUGCAAAUAAAGAAAAUGAUAAAAACACUUUGAAAGCCUUGGAGCGGCAGACAUACAGGAACCUGAGGUUUCAAAAAAGAUCAGGAGGUCCUUACAUGUCUUCCCCUUAUGUGCUGGACAAUGAAAAGUUUGUGGAAAGUGAAAUGAAAUAUCUGGGCAGUCCCAUUGCUACACUUCCAGAAUUGGAUAAAAUUCCAAAACUUGAAGACCAGGUAGAAGAGAUUUCAAAUGAAUUGAUGGAGUUUUCCCUGGAAGAUCAAGAAGGCACCAACGGUUUACAUUUAAAGAAAACAGUCUCUUUCUGUGACAUUGAUAUCUGUCAUGUCCUAGAAGAAGAUUAUAACUGGAGGCCUCUGAUUGGUGAUUUUUCCAAGGUAUGUGUGCUGCCAGUCGUGUCAGGGAGACACCAGGAUCUGAAGUACAUCAACCCAGAAACAGUGGCUGCCUUACUGUCUGGAAAGUUCCAAGAUCUGAUUGAGAAGUUUUAUAUCAUUGAUUGCCGCUAUCCAUAUGAGUACCUGGGAGGACACAUCCAGGGAUCCUUAAACUUAUAUAGUCAGAAAGAACUGUAUAACUUUUUUCUGAAGAAACCCAUUGUCCCCUUGGACAUCCAGAAAAGAAUAGUCAUCAUAUUUCACUGUGAAUUCUCCUCGGAGAGGGGCCCCAGAAUGUGCCGCUCUCUGAGAGAAGAAGACAGAGCUCUGAACCAGUAUCCUACCUUGUACUACCCAGAGCUAUAUAUCCUCAAAGGUGGCUACAGAGACUUCUUUCCAGAGUAUAUGGAGCUGUGUGAACCACAGAGCUACUGCCCUAUGCAUCACCAGGAUCACCAGGUUGAGCUGCUGAGGUAUCAAAGCCAAAGCAAAGCCCAGGAAGAGAAGCGGCAACUGAGGGAACAGAUUGCUCUCCUAUUAAAGGAGAUGGACCAGUGAUAGAGGAUCAAGAAGUGGCAGUGAGCCAAGCAUGGUGUCGCACACCUAUAAUCCUAGCAACCUGGGAGGCUGAGGCAAGAGGAUUGCAAGUUCAAAGCCAGGCUCAGCAAAUUAAUGAGGCCCUAAGCAAUUUAGUGAAACCCUAUCCCAAAAUAAAAACUAAAAAGGGAUGGGGACUUAGCUCAGUGGUAAAGCAUCCCUGGGUUCAAUCCCCAGUACAAAAAAAGAAAAAAGAAGUGGCAGUGAAGGCAUCACCAAAAGACACUAUGAGACCCUGAGCAGGAGGCCAUCUUCUAUAUGGCUAAGC